CUCGACGCGAGUUCGUGAAUUCGGCCGGAUCGCUGAAGUGGAAGUGGAGAGACUUAUUCUUGGGAGCGCGUCAUUUGGUCCUCACUGUAGAGUCAGUCCGGAGAGAAUGAGGUGUCGCUGGGUGAAGCAUGAGCUAUCAGAGGAUCAGUCAUAAGCGGCUGUCUCUGCUAUGGGAGGGGGCUGCUCUCAGCCUCUGGCUCUGCUGCUGCUGCUGGACCUCCAGGGCCGCCGCCGGAGCCGGAGCCGCAGCCGGUCAAGGCGACGGCGCCCCCGUCUCCCUGGGCUGGCUGCUGUCGGAUAAAGGGCCCUUCCACCAGUCCCUGGAGUUCACGGAGGCUGCGGAGAGGUACCAGCAGGGCUUCAGCACCAGAUACAAGAUCUACAGGGAGUUUGGUCGAUGGAAGGUCAACAGCCUGGCGGUGGAGAAGCGGGACGGUCCUGGUGGCAGCGGAGGCCUGGCUCUGCCUCUCGACCCCGACUUCAUGCACACCAUCCGCCAGCUGGGGCGGCGGCCAACCCUCCAGACGAUUACAGAGAGUCUAAUAAAGAAAUAUGGCACCCACCUCCUCCUCUCUGCCACUCUGGGAGGGGAGGAGGCACUGACGAUAUUCGUGGACAAGAGGAAGCUCAGCCAGGAGUCUUCGCCCUCGGGGGGCGAGGGCGGCCGUAGCAGCGGCAGCGGCAGCUCAAACGCUACGGGGACAGUGACCCUUGAGGCCCUCCACCAGCUUGCUGCGUCCUACUUCACCGACAGGGAGAGCACCCUGCGCAGGCUGCACCACCUCCAGAUCGCAUCCACCGCCAUACGGGUGACGGAAACCAGAACUGGGCCCCUCGGAUGCAGCAACUACGACAAUCUGGACACGGUCAGCUCCGUACUGGUUCACAGUCCGGAAAACAAGGUCCAACUACAAGGGCUGCAGGUCAUCCUACCAGGCUACUUGCAGAGCCGCUUCAUUCAGGCAGCUCUGAACUACAUCGGCUGUAAAUCUGAAGGUCAGUUUGUGUGCCAGAACAGCGACUGCUGGUGCGAGUGCAGCGUGGACUUCCCCCAGUGUAACUGUCCUCACUCUGACCUGGACACUCUGGAAAACAACCUGCUGCGCAUCAGAGACGCCUGGAGGCUGACCAACCAGGAGUUUGAGGAAUCCGAGGAGUUCCAAAGCUUCGUUGGGAAACUGCCAACCCAUUACGCUGUAAACACAUCUGUCGUGGAACACUUGUGGAGGACCGAUGCCAGCUUGCCCCAGCGCUACAGGCAGCUGGAGGCCAGUAGCGACCAGCUUUUCACCAAAGCUCGCCGCACCGCUAACAAGCUCUUCAGCCUCAGCAAGAGGUGCCGGAAACAGCCCAAAAUAGUCCUGCAGAGGCCGAGGCCUCUGAACUUCUGGUCGAGCUACGCCCUCUCCAUCUUAUACUGCAGUGAGAACAACCAGGUUGGUGUUUACAGUGACGAGAGCCGCAGCUGCUCCUGCCCCUUUAACCAUCCGCCUUGCCAGGGCCUCAUUCCCUGCUCCGUGGGCGACGGCCCCCGCUGUGCAUCCUGUUCCACGGAGAACCGGACACGAUGCUCCAGCUGCAACCCCGGCUUCACCCUGACCCAGGGAGCCUGCCGGCCCGCCGUGCCCGACCCCACGGACCCCUACCUGGGCUUGGAGAGUGACCGGGACCUGCAGGAUCUGGAGCUGCGCUACCUGCUCCAGCGGCGAGACCCACGCAUCGCUCUGCAUGCUGUGUUUGUGAGCAAUGACGUGCGCGUUAACACUUGGUUUGACCCGUCCUGGAGGAAAAGAAUGCUGCUCACCCUCAAGAGCAACCGGGUGAAGUCCAACCGUGUUCAUAUGCUCCUUGGACUCGCCCUGCAGUUUUGCCUCACCAGAAACAGCACUCUGGAGCCGGCGUUGUCGCUGUUUGUGAAUCCGUUCGGGGGCAGCCACUCAGAGAGCUGGACCAUGCCUAUAGGUCAGCACGGAUACCCUGACUGGGAGCGGACCAAGCUGGAUAUCCCCUUGGACUGCUUUAAUUGGACACUGACUCUUGGAAACAGAUGGAAGAGCUUUUUUGAGACGGUUCAUUUCUACCUGAGGAGUCGUAUCAGGGACUCUGGAGUGGCAGGAGGGAACAAGAACAUGACGAUGUACUAUGAGCCACUGGAGGCAACGGAGCCGUCUAACAACAUCGGCUACAUGAAAGUGAACAGCAUGCAGCUGUUCGGAUACAGCGUGCACUUUGACCCAGAGGCGAUCCAGGACCUGAUUCUGCAGAUAGACUACCCGUACACUCAGGGAUCGCAAGACUCUGCCCUGCUGCAGCUGGUGGAGCUGCGCUACAGGGUUAACCGUCUCUCGCCUCCAGGGGCCCCACACGUGGAUCUGUUCGCCUGUCUGCUCCGCCACAGACUCAAACUGUCCAGUGCAGACGUGACCAGGAUACUCACUGCCCUGCAAGCUUUCAGUGCCAGACAACCAAACUACGUGGAGUACGAGGCAAAUAAACUGUGCAGUUAA